AGCACGGUGGGUGGCGGACAUGCCGUUCGCUAGACGACGAGAUGGGAUAUUUGGAGGCAUCCACUCACAUCCUCCAUACGCUCCGUCCCCCCGUGGAAGAGACAAACACAAGCAGUCGUAGUGCUUGGUUUUUGCGAGGAUGAGGAAUAAAGCGACCCCGACAUGAGGCUCCAAACCCGAGCACCCAUUACCACGGUAGAAGACCGAGGCGUUGCGGACGGAAUGGCUUCUCCUUUGAGAGGGAUGGGCUGAGGAGUUCCAUCUGCCGUUUGUGAGGAGGAUUGGAGCCCGGGUCGCUGUCUGCUACUGCAGGAAACUUGGUCCCUGGAGCUCCAACUCUGAAAACCCCCUCCGGUGUGAAUCCAUCGAACUGCUGCUUCUCGUUGCAGUCUUGUCUUUUCUGCUGUUGCUUCGGCGGCAAGAAUCUGUUGCUUAUUGGGCUCUAAUUCUCGUCGAUCAAGCGCUCGAGAUUUGGCCAGAUUCAUCUGCUUGCCGGAGCGGGCGAAGCGGGCGAUGAUGCCUUUAUUGGCCGGCGUCGUGGUCCAGGACGACGGCUCGUCGUCGUCGGUGACUUCGUCCCCCCUCGAGACCUUGUCCCUCUCUCCUCCCUCCCUCUCGCCGCACUCCCCGUGGGUCCGCGAGCUCAAGUCCGACGAGCGUGGCCUCUGUCUCAUCCACCUCCUCCUUGACUGCGCCAAUCGCGUUGCUUCCGGCGGCAGUCUCGACCCCGCCAACGCGGCCCUCGAGCAGAUCGCCCUCCUCGCCGCCCCCGACGGCGACGCCAUGCAGCGUAUCGCCUCUCACUUCGCCGAGGCCCUCGCCCGCCGCGCCAUCCGCUCGUGGCCAGGCCUCUGUCACGCCCUCGACUCCGCCCGCGUCCUGCCGCUGGCGGAGGCCGCCGUGGCCCGCCGCCAUUUCCUCGACCUCUGCCCCUUCCUCCGAUUGUCGUUCGUCGUCACCAACCAGGCCAUCAUGGAGGCCAUGGAGGGCGAGCGAGUGGUCCACGUCGUCGACCUCAACGCGUCCGAUCCCGCCCAGUGGAUCCCCCUCCUUCAGGCACUCAGCUCACGGUCCGAGGGCCCGCCGCACUUGAAGAUCACCGGCAUCCACGAGCACAAGGAGGUGCUCCACUACACGGCGAUUCGCCUAUCGGAGGCGGCCGAGCGGCUCGACGUCCCAUUCCAAUUCAUUCCCCUAGUUAGCAGGCUCGAUAACCUGGACAUCGAGAGACUUCGAGUCAAGACUGGGGAGGCAUUAGCCAUCAGUUCCGUCCUCCAAUUGCAUUCCUUGCUGGCCACCGAGGACGUCGGCGGCCACCUGCGCAAGGCCCAAAGGAUUGCACCAAUUAGUAAGCUAACGUUAGGGGAAUUUCUCGAGAAGGAUCACUUGGCCAAUACACAUAGCACGAGCGCAGAGUCAGCAGCACGGCCGCCCACGAGGAUCCAGAGUUUUCUUGCGUCGCUGUGGGGGCUGUCUCCGAAGAUCGUGGUGGUCACCGAGCAGGAGGCCAACCACAAUGGGAAGACGCUGAAGGAGAGGCUCGUGGAGGCGCUCUUUUAUUACGCUGCGGUGUUCGACGGCCUCGACUUGACUGUGCCGAGGCAGUCAGUCGAGCGUCUCAGGGUGGAGAAGAUGCUAUUCGGGGAGGAGAUCAGGAACAUUAUAGCAUGCGAAGGGUUGGAAAGGAAGGAGCGGCACGAGAAGCUGGAGAGGUGGAGUCAGAGGAUGAGCAUGGCAGGGUUCAGAUUGUUGCCAUUGAGCUACUAUGGACUGCUGCAAGCGAGGAGGUUGCUGCAGUCCUUUGGUUGGCAGGGUUAUAAGGUGAAAGAAGAGAACGGGUGCUUCAUGAUGUGCUGGCAAGAUCGGCCACUGUUCUCCGUAUCAGCUUGGAGUUGCAAUCAAGCAGAAAGUUUGAAGAAAAGAAGCACAAGUGUUGUGCCAUAGAACAGAAGCUUUUUCAGCCACGGAAGGAUAAAGCUGUGGUCAAACUGAUGCUGAUGGCUUCCUAGUGGGAAAUGAGAAGUUACAAGUAUGGAAAUUUGCAAGAACAAUUCUGCAUCCUCUACAGAAAAUAUCUUCCUAGGAUUUUUUACUUGUAACAAACAGUGUCUUCUUAUACAGGAAUAUGAAAAGUAUGAUAAAAAUAGAUUGUUGAAUUGGAGGUUAGGUACUCCAAGCAAUCUAUUUUGAGAGUUCAGAGGAUUUAGUACUGGAGUCAUUGGGAAUUUAUGAACCUUGGUUGAAGAAAAGGGUAUAUAACAUGCAGUUAUUUCAUCAUUUUGACAGAAGUGCAAGAUUUCUUUCUUUGAGACAAAGAAAAAUAGUGAAUGGAAUGUAAGGAAUAGCAAAUUGACAAAUUUUGUGUAUUCUUAUUUUAUUCUCCUGCACAGUGAGUAUCAUGGCAUUGGCUUGAACCAGUGGAAACUCAUAAUCUACGGGUUUUCUCUUGGAUCGUAGACCGAAGAACAACUCAAUUUCACCAUCUGUCACUGGCCACUUGACUUCAUCUAUUUGUAAGUUUACAGUUGAACCUGAAUAGAUUAAUCAUCAAUCAGCAAGUUAUAUUCACAAAAGAAAACUGGCUUUCUCCUCUGACUUCAUCAAUAUGUUGUUUUGGAUUCAAUGAAAUGUGUUUUUGAGUAGCAAAAUGUAAAGAAUGAGAAGAGAAACUAUUGAUUGUAUUCCUCCAGAUUUACUUCAUUGCUUUAUUUCCUUUUGCUGCACAGGUAAAUGUUCAAUCAAGCCAAUUCUUAUCUCUUCA